AUGGAUAAGUCUGAAGAUAAAGUCUAAAACAUCAAAGUGUGUAUCAGAAUACGCCCAACCUUCGCCAAUGAAAAAAUAGCUUAAUGGCAAGUUGAUUCUGAUAAAAACUCGAUUAAAGAUCAGAAAAUAAACAUGGAAGAUCCCAUCAUGAAGAUUCUAUAGUAGCAGAAUACAGCACAGAAAAGAUAGUUUGGAUAAUUGGAUAGUGCUCAUCUCAUUGAUGGGUAAAAGACCUCUAAGAGCACGUUCAUAUUUGACAAGAUAUAUCAGUUAAACUCUUCUAAUAAUGAUAUCUACUACGAUUCUUGCAAGGGAAUUAUUGAUCGAGUUACUUAAGGCUAUAAUGGGACAAUUUUUGCAUACGGCUAAACAACUUCUGGCAAAACCCAUACAAUGAUAGGAAAUAAGGAUCAAAAAGGUAUAAUUUAGAUAGCUAUUGCUGAGAUUCUUGGCUUCGCUGAAGAGUAAAAAGAGGAAAGAGAUGUUUCUAUUUGGACAAGUUACAUGGAGAUCUAUAAUGAGGCGUGUAAUGAUCUUCUUGAUUCAAAUAACACUAAUUUGAGAAUUAGAGAAGACCCAUAAGAGGGAUACUAUGUAAGUGGGUUAAAGUCACUUCGAGUUCAUUCGAUAGAGGACAUGAUGAAAAUAUUGACUCUAGGGGAGAGAAGCAGACAUUAUAGACAGACAGAUAUUCAUGAACACUCCUCUAGGUCUCACACUAUUUUCAGAAUCAUUAUUGAGAACAGAUCUAAAGAAUCAAAAAAGGUUUAUGAAUAAACUAAUGCAUCUACUGAUCUAAAUUCUUCAUUUAUUGGGGAUUCUGAGGUGCAUCUAUCCUAUGGAACAAAAUACUCUGUUUUAAACUUGGUUGAUCUUGCAGGAUCUGAGAGAAUCUCAGAAAGUGGAAGUUCAUCUUUAGAAGAAACAUCACAUAUUAACAAGUCUUUGUUUGUGUUAGCGAAUGUAAUAUAUAAGCUCUCUGAUUCAAAGACUACCCAUAUUCCUUACAGAGACAGUAAGCUGACUUAAAUCUUAAGAUCUGCACUUGGUGGUAACUCUCUUACCUCAAUCAUAUGCACCAUUAGUCCAAGCACUGAACAUGUGAAUCAAAGCUUCUCAACAUUGAGAUUUGCAACUAGAGCUAAAAAUGUCGAGAACAAGGCAAAAGUCAACGAGGUCAUUGACGAUCAUGAAAUGCUGAUGGUAUAUAAAUAAAAAGUAGGAAUGCUUGAGAAGAAGGUUCUAAAUCUUGAAAACAUAAUAGCUAAAAACAAUUAAAACCUAGAUUCUAGUCAGUAAUCAUUAGAAUAAUACCGUUAGUAGUGCCAAGAUUAGGAAUAGUUAAUCAAAGAUUACAAAUUUGAGAUAGAUUAACUUAGAUAUGACAAUCAAAAUUUAAGUGAAAACUUUGGAAAAGAGAAGCAGACUGGAGAUUUAAUUAGGAAAAUGUAUAAUAGGGUAGCAGCUAGAGAAUCUUAGGAUGCAGAUAUAUAGACAGAUAGCCAAGAUAACUAUGGAAUGUUUUAGUAAAUUGUCGAUAUGAUAAAAAUAGAUAAUAAGCUUACAAAUGUGAAAAUAACAGAGACUACUCAAAUGGAAAUGUUUUAUGAAUUUUUUGAGUUUCAGAAGAAGCUUAAGCAAAUAAUGGUAGCUCCAAAUAUGAGAUCAUCAAAAAAAGCUGCAGAAUUAUCUGCAAUCAAUUUUUACCCCUCUCGUCCUGAUACCGCCUAAAGUGUGAGAAGUGCUAUAUCACAAAAUAGUGUGUUGGAUUUGAAUAGAGCAUCCCCUAAUAAGAUUAAUAAAGAAUAACUGAGAUAGGAUGGAUUUCAACUUGCAUAAUCAUAAAAAAUGAGAUUAGUUGAAGAAGGGAAAAUAUCUAUAUCAGCUACCAAGAAGCCUAUGUUGAAGAUGGAAAGUAUGGAUCCACAAUUACUUAGCUUUAAUCAUAGUUAAGACUUUGAUGUUUAUAAUGAUGAACCCAUCAAAGUUUAUGGCGGUAGACCAUUAAGUACUUCAAAUUAAUCUGUGAUUAGUAACGGUUCUCAAUAAAAAUAAGUUACAUCUAAGCAAUUACCCAAUAUAAUUAAUAAGCCUACAAUUUAAUAACAAAAGCCUUUAAGGUCAAGUUAAAAUACCAAGAAUACUUAACAAAGAUAGCAACCGUAAUCCUAGAAUAAAUAAUAAGCAUACAAUACUAAUACAACAAGCAGAAAAAGUGUGAUAAUACCAUUAGUAGGUCCAGUCAGUAGCUAAACUUCAAAUUAAGCUCUUGUAACAUAAAAAGAUUUUGGAAUGAAAAGCUAACCUUAGUAACAACAAACAUAAAUUAGAUAAGCUAGAAAUAGAGGUAGUUCUUAAGUAGUUCAUAAAUCAAUGAUUGAUACAUAAUCUUCAUUUGUACGAAUUACUCCUCCCAAUCUUGAGGACGACAUUCUUAACGUUUAAAUUCAGCCAAAUAAUAUAUAAAUUAUUGAUGUGAAGUAAGAAAAAAUAAAAGACAAUGUUUAAAGUUAAAAUGAAUCUCCACUUGAUGAACUGAAAAAUGCAGAUCAGAUUUAAAUUAAGAGUGACAUUAAUUUAGUCAGUUAACCGUCGAAAACAAGAUUAAUGAGCAGUCAAAUGAAUAAAAGAGUGUUUGAUAAGCAAGAUUUGCUAGAUAUGAAAGAACUUGAUGAUGAAGAGGUCUAAGAUUAAGAAGAGGAUUUGGUAAAUGAAUAUAAAUCAGAUGAUGAGCUUGAAGAAAUGGUAUCUUAAGUUGAAAGUCAUAGUGUUUAUUCAUAAGGAUCUAAAAUUAAUGAGAUGAUUGUCAAGUUCAAUAUUCAUAAGAUUAAACGAGAAAUGCUUGAAUAGGACUUGAAUGAUAAGAAUCUUAAAAAGCCUAAAAAUGGAAUUAACACUUAUUUCUUUGGUGAUAACCGUUAAGGAAAAUGUGGAUAAGGAAAUGACGAUCCAUUUGUUACUGAGCCUAGAUGUCUUUUCUUCAGAUUUAAAGAUAUAGUAUCUGGACACCAUCAUAAUUUAGCCCUUGACAGUAAUAAUUCAUUAUAUUCAUGGGGAAGGAACAGAUUUGGGUAACUUGGACAAGGUAAUGAUGAAAAUUUGAACACAUUUUAGCCAGGCCUGGUUAGAGGUCCCCUUUAUCAAGUUAAAAUUGACUUGAUAUCAUGCGGAUGGUAGCAUUCAAUGGCCACGACGCCCUAAGGAUUUUUGUUUGCUUGGGGAUUAAAUAUGUGCGGUCAACUUGGAUUGGGAGAUUUUGUUGAUAGAUAUGAACCAGAGCAUGUUAAAAUUUUAGCCGAACACUAAAUUAGGAAUAUUAGCGCUGGAUAUCUUCACAGUGGUGCUGUAACUGCAGAUGGUAAACUUUUUUUAUGGGGAGCAAAUCCUGAUUGCAGAUUGAUUAAGAAAAUUGAGUACUACAAGAAAUCAGGCAGACCAAAGAACUACUGCAAUCCAUAGUAUUGCGAUGAAAUGAGUGAUAAAAAGAUAGUUUAAGUAUCUUGUGGAACUUCUCACACUCUAUUAUUAGAUCAUUUAGGAUACUCUUAUGCUGGGGGCGCUCCUGAUAACGGGCAGCUAGGUGUUAUUCAUUAUUAAUUUACUCCGAAAAUCUGUGAUCAACCUUAUGUUAUAGUCAGUGCAUUCUCUUAAUCAAACCCAGGAGUUAAAGUCUCAGCUGGUGAUGGAUUUUCAAUGUUUUUAGACAAGGAUGGCAUUCUAUUCUGCUGUGGUAAGGGUAAUUUUGGGAGAUUAGGCUUAGGGCACUAAUAUAGUAUCAACAGUCCAGUUAAAUUAGUCUGGUUUAUUAAAAGACAUAUUAAAAUUAAGGAUGUAGUUGCUGGAGGUAGACAUUGUCUAGCAAUGAGUGAUGAAGAGAUACCCUAAGUUUACGGAUGGGGUUUUGGUUUCUAUUAUUAAUUUGGUCUUGGUGAUGCUGAUUAGGAAGAUUAUUUAGAGCCAAUAAAAUUACAAAUUAUAAAGGACAAUGAAUAAGUGAGGUUGGUAAAGAAAAUAGCUUGUGGAUAUUUCCAUUCAGGAGUUAUCAUUAAGAAUUUGAAAGAUAAGUAAGCAUCCAUUUCAUAAUGA